GGGAUCUUAGUGGUAUAAUAGACAAGACUAUUGGUUCUUGGAUGGAUAGAUCCCCAACUUGACUCACAGUGAUGUGAGUGCGAUUCCCGCCCGGUGCAAAGAUCUGAAUGUCUAGAAAAAGAAACUUUGACUAUAAUGUACUAAAAUGCACCGUCUGUGUCCAAAAACUCCGGGUCCGGGAACAUAGAAAAAGUGUCCACACUGCGAGGAAGGCAUUCCUGAGCAAUCUAGGAUCAGUACAUUUUUCUAACACAAGCACGUUCCAUGCUUCUACGGGACCAUACCGCCCAUACCGCUUUCUCAUAAGGGACUGAGCUAUUUUUCCCAUGGAAAUUCUUGCUUAACAUUACUGUCCUCAUCGUCUACUGAACUAGUAAAGUUACCCGUAGUCUUGGAAGAUGGUCUUACUGGGUUACUAGUGAUCCAGAUUGGGUAACGCAAUAUAUGAACCUGCAUCUCUUCAUGAGGAAACCUACAACCCUUUGUGUACAUUGAUCAAGUGACUUCAUGUAUCACAACGCAAUGGCUGAAAUUGCUACAUCUAGUCUGGCAAGCGGUUCAAUGCCUUCACCAGUAUCAAAAGCUCGUAGUUAUACGUUCACCAAAUAUUCAGGUUACACGAUUGUGCUACAACACAAUGGAAGUGCAUGGCUAGCCCUGGUUCAUGAUAAUCGUUUUCCUGGACUAAAACGAUCCUAUUUAGCAGAUGUCAGAUUUGAAAAUGGCUAUAUAUUAGAAAAUUUUAUCACUAAACAUUCUUCUUGGCAGUCGCGUCGUAUUCAUAUUAUAGAUAAGGGUGUACCUCUUGUAUAUUUUGGUUCACUUGGUCUGAAGGGAGGUUUAUGGGUGGCUUCCCUUUUUGAAGAAUCAAGUUGCAAAUGGUUCUGUUGCUCCGGAACCGCAUGGCGUUGUGUUUGUGGCUUCAGACGAAAUAAUGUGUGUCAUUAUCACUCUUAUGAUAAAGUACACCACAUUUGUAUUAAAUGUAGGAGAGAAAAUCGAUGCCCUAAAUUCUAUAAUUGCAAGACCUGUUAUUCUACGAUUACAUGUUACGACUGUUGUGGAUGUCGCGAAAGGCAACUGAGGGAAAGCCAACAAAAGGAGAGAGAACGAAAGGAAAGGGAACGAAAGGAAAGGGAACGAAAGGAAAAGGAACGAAAGGAAAAAGAACGAAAGGAACAACAAAGACGACAGCAGGAAAGGAAGCGGAAAGAACAACUUAAACAACGGCAAGAAAAAGAACGAAAAGAGCGGCUCAGGAAAGAACAGGAAAGAAAACAACAACAAGAAAGAGAGCAGAGGCAAGCCGUUCUCUCCAAGCUAGACGAUUGUCUAAGUUCGGCUCAAAUAGACCAAGAAGAUACAUCGGUGCAAAUUACAUCGACCACAUCGAUCACUAAUGAAAGUACUACGGAUCAGGUUAAUCAAGAACAAUCAUAUGAGUUCGUUAAUAAUGAUGGCAAUAUACAAGAGGACUGUGAAGCAUUAUUAGAUCCAAUUGCAACUACCACAGACUUAACCGAUGAUCAUUCUGAUUAUAAUUCGGACAAACAAACCCCGGUAACACGUAAUAACAACGGUGGUCUUAUCGGUAACUUAAAAAGUCUUCACACUUUCCUUUUACAUCCUAUCUCUGCCUUUUCUAAACAAUCCUUACUCAAAGAAAUAUCUUCGUAUGCUAAUGAAGAUGAUCCAUCCCUGAAGUACUUUAAAAACAAGUGGUCGAAGAUUGAGGACGAAUAUGCAAUUUCAGAUCAAGAAAUAUUGCUCAAAUCUUUAAAGGAUAGAAAAGGUGUUCAUAAUCUUUCUUUACUGGAUAUCACUAAAAUUCUUGACUUGAUUUUGCAAAUGGGAGAACCUGCUUUCAAUAUUGUUUGUAAGGAACAAGACAAGUGGUUAUCGGAUUCGAAACUUGUUUGGUUAGAACCAAAACUGCUAGGUCUAACGAAGGUUUCUGUACACGAACGAAGUGCACUAGGUGCUUUUUUAUCUGAAAUGGAUUGGUGUAAAGAUAUGAUGGAACAAUUCUUAAAAUCCAUUGAAAAUACAACUACCCUUGAUCCUAUCAUUUCCUUUCUGUAUAUGGUAAGGAAAAAAGACAUUCCUGACUUUGUGGCCCUUUCCACCAUUACGAAUAAUCCACUUGAUUCUAAUGAGAUUGUUGUAGUCCAACAAUGGAUCCAUACUAUUAUCUACCAUUCUUUCCUUCAGAAGAUCAGUCAAUUGUCUCGAGACGUUGCUCAAUGCGCAGGACCAUCCUUGGCUAAAUUACUACGAUUUGGCUGUUCUGAUGAGUUUCUGGAAAAUGUCAUUACGGACAAUAUUGAUUUGAUUAAUGGCCACAAGAAUAAGUUUGUAGAAGUUCUAAAUCUCCUUUGUGAUUACCAAGUGAGAGAAGAAAUUUGUACUUCAGCUUUUUCUGUUUUGUCCCAAGUAUCCGCUGAUAAUUGGGUUGAAGAGAUUGAUCAAGUGAUUUCAUCUAAAUUAUUUGAAGAUGCGCAAGUAUAUACCCUUGAUGAAUUGAUUGAAGAAAUAAUAGAUGAUGAGACUAACAUUACCGCUGAAGAACUUUCCGAUCUCUAUGAUAACGUAUUGCAAUCAUAUAAUUCAAUUUCCCAAAUACUACAGUCAGUGAAUGAUUCAGAUACAAAUAAUUUCAAAAAUCGGCCUUUUUGCGAUUGGAACAAAGAAUGUUUAACCAUAUGGGCCAACCACGUCAAGUCCAGCUCUUCGAUUUCGCAAUCAGAACUUAUAGCGGGAGUACGUCAUGCGGUUAAACUGCAUCAUGGUUUCUUCCCAAGAGAUACGCAAAUGCUAUCUCUACUGAUCCUCCUAAAUCCUUCCCCGGGAAUGGGUCGGUUGGCUCAAAUUAACACGGGUGAAGGCAAGUCUUUGAUCGUAGCCAUGUUGGCUACUAUUCAUGCGUUACAAGGUAAAAAAGUCGAUGUGAUUACUACAUCAACUGAACUAUCUAUUCCGGAAGUGGAGAAACAAAGGCCGUUUUUUGCGUCUCUUUCCGUAACGGUAGCAGAAAAUAGCAAAAUAGAUACUAAGGAAUCAGCUUAUCAGAGUGAUGUUCUUUAUGGAACAUCUGGGGAUUUUCAAGCGGAUAUUUUGCGAACGGAGUUCUUGGGUCAAGACAUUAGAGGUGAUCGUGGAUUCAAUAUAGUUGUUGUAGAUGAAGUGGAUAGUAUGCUCUUUGAUUACCGGUCACAUAGUGUACGACUAUCCGAUGCAACUCCAGGUAUGAUCCAUCUGGAACUUUCUUUGGCAGUCAUAUGGCAACAUAUUAACCAAAUUGUUGCGCACUUUACCACCGUCGGUGAUCAAGUUUACUUCAUUGUAGAAGAUUUUGAGAGGAAUGGUAACGAAAUAAAAUUGUACUCUGGUAAGAAUUGGCAAUCCUGCGCAAUGAUCGUUGAUGAUAAACGGAAGUUUAUUAUAGAACAGACUCAGAGUCACUUGGAACAGUUGCUCAGAGAGCUCAGUCCUGAAGAAAGAGACGAAUAUCGAGCUUAUAAAUCACUUAAUAACCAGAUUGCCGACUUAGAAGAAGAAAUAUCCAAAAUCUCUUGCGAUGAGGAAAAAGAAAGUAAAACAGCCCAUUGUAAGUCAUUAUCAGAAAAGUUAAAAACGCUCCCAUGGAAAGAACGUUAUCCAGUUUUGGAUGUACCGAAUCAUUUGCGAAGUAUUGCUGUGUCUCGCAUACCUAAUUGGACAAGAAGUGCCCUUAACGCUGCUUAUGGUUACAAAAAGGGUGCCCAUUAUGCCGUACAAAACGGUCGAAUUGUGCCCAUACAGUACAACGAAACGGGCGUUUUGCAACCAAAUAUGGUAUGGAGCGAUGGCUUAACUCAAUUCUUGCAACUCAAAGAAGGAUUGAGAAUGGAUCCUGAAGGUGUUUCUACCAAUUUUAUAUCCAAUGUCAGCUUCUUUCAGCGGUACGGUUCUGCAAUUUAUGGUCUCACUGGUACAUUGGGUGAAACAUCAACCAUAAACUUCUUACACAAAGUCUAUCAUACGGAUACAAUAAUCAUACCUCCUUACCAACGUAGACCGAUAAUAGACAAUGAACAUUCCCCUUAUUUAUGUAAGGAAUUGAUACCAAUUGUACUUUCUAAUGAAACGGAAUGGACCCAAACGGUUAUCGAUAGAGCCUUAAGCCAUGCUCAACAUAAACGUGCAGUUUUGAUUAUUUGCAAGUUCAUUAACCAAGUAAAACACUUUGCAGAAAAUCUACGCAAAAAAUACGAUGAUGAAAAAAUUUUUACCUAUACCGGUGAAGAGGAAAACUUUGAAAAGAGUAAGAUAGAUUCUGGUGAGAUUAUAAUUGCUACGAAUAUUGCAGGACGUGGUACGGAUUUAAAAACAUCUGAAUCUGUUGAAUCCCAUGGAGGAAUGUACGUAGCUGUAACGUUUUUGCCAAAAAGUUUCCGGGUUGAGAUGCAAAACGUAGGUCGUACUGGGCGAUCGGGAAAAAAGGGAAUGGGACAGUUGAUCAUCUACAAUCCUGCAAAAUCUAACAUAAAAGACAUCAAAAAGGAUCGCGAUGCACACGAGUCUGCAGCUAAUGAGAAAGCCAUCCAGGAUGCUGAAAAAAUGUUACUUCAAGAUCGGUUGUUUAAAGAAUUCUGUACGCUAGAACGAAGAUAUUUGCCUGGUGUUAGUAUGAUAUCGAUGCGACAAAAAUGGGUAAAUUUGACAGAAUCUUAUGAACAAUAUAAAGCUUCAGAAUUCUCUCCCGAUAAAAUUACCAAAUAUGUUGAUGAUAUGGUGCUUAAGAGAAAGAAGACUUUAGUGAAUGAAGUACAAUGCAAAAUCGAUUCUUUAACAGAUGAAGAGAAAUCAAAACUCAUGGAAGAUGAUAAACAAAAUUACUAUAAAAAAGCUGCUAAUCAAGCAGAAUCAGAGCGUUCUAUUUUCAAGGAACAACAUAAAAAACUGGUAUUAGAUCAUUUCUUCAGAUCCCAAUCGCAUCAACCAGAAGAACUACUUUCAUGUUUGAAAGAUGGUCGAGAGUUUGAGUCUAAAUUUUCAACUUUUGCAUUAAGAUAUCAAUGGGGUUUGAGUGACCGUAGAGGUUUUGAAGAAUGUUGGGGACUUUGGCUAAAAUCGCAAAACUUUGAUGAGAAUAGAACAUCCAUGGAUGAAGCGUUAAACCGAUUUCACAAUUCAUUUGGUACACCUUCCAAAGAGCGUGCUGAAAAGGAUGAGUUAGUACAAAAUCCCUACUAUUAUGUACUAAAGGGCAAUAGAUAUCUGACAAGCGGUCGUGAUACCCUAGAUCAGGCCAUUUCCUGUUACGAUAGAGCCAUUGCUAUGGACCCUGAUUUUAGCGUUAAUGCCAGAUACAAUAAAGCAAUGACAUUGUUAUCAUUCGAAGAAAAUGAAGGACCACGACAGAGACUUGCUUAUGCAGAGUUGAAAAGAGCCAAAGAGAUUAUCGUUACCAUUGCUAAACCGGCACUAUUGUCUCUAAAUGUUUUAAUAGGUGAAAACCGGGAAAGAAUCCAUACCUCUGAGCAUAUUCAACAUCAACUAAACUUACUGAGUCAGCAAGAAAAUUACAUAAACAAGGCUUGUAAGGUCAUUGAAGAAGCUCAAUCAAAGGAGUACCACGUGAAACUAACAGCAAAUCCUAUAAUCGACACAUUUGAGCCAGAUGAGCAACAUAAGUAUAAUAAAGCUAUUGAUGAGGCCACAGUCAAUGGAUUUACCCAUCUUUUCACUAUUGCAGUCGUUAAACCCUUUCCUUGGGCUAGUAUUAUAGGGCUAGCACUUCUAAGCCUCGCCCAGAUGGUUGCAGGUUGCCUAUUAGUAGCUUGUACAGCCGGUGCUGUGGGCACAGGUCUAAUUGCCGAAGGCGUAUCUGACAUGAUCACCGUAGUGAAAUCUGCUAUUGAAGGUAGUUUUGAUUGGGCAGCUUGGGCUAUUGAAAAGGCUGUUGGUUUGGCGAUCUCAAUAAUCUCUUGUGGCAUAAAGACUCUAUCAAAAGGUCUCACGGCCGUUAAGGAUGGGAUUAAAGCUGUAACCAAUACCGCAAAAACUGUUAUAAAUAAAGUAACUACGGGUGAAAUCACAAAACAAGGUAUAAAACUAGCCGCUAAGGAGCUUGGUAAAGCUUUGGCAAAAGGUGUAAUUAAAGAGGUUGUUACAGAGGCAACCAAGUGUAUAGUCGACAAGGUAAUACUAGAAAAAAUUGAAAAACUGAUUGAAGAUCAUGUGGAAAAAGCGAUAACAAAAGCAUUAUCCAAUAAUCCAUUAGUUGUAAAAUUGCUAGAGUUAGAUGCUAAAAACGGAAACCAAGUUUGGAAGAGUCGCCUGUUAGCAGAAGGGUUAUCACUUUUGAAAGAAAGAGAGCAGAAUGAAUGCAUAGAGACAUUGAAAAAAAUCAGUAUGGGGGUAAUUGAAAACUAUAACUCGAAAGCUGCGACGGCAAUUCAAGCGGCUCAAAGAACCACCAUUAUCAUUCAACUUACGGGAUAUACGAAUCAUUUCAUUCGAGAGUUUAACAAGAAAAUACAAUCUCUUGAAACUGAAUCAAAAAAGGACGACAGUCAAGAAAAUGCAACAGAACAUUCGAAGCCUAGUACAUCUGCUAAAAGCAAUGAAGAACAUGUGUCAAACGCCCCUGAUAUCGAUCUAAAGGAAACAGAUAUUCCAAAUGAUUCCGUAAGCAAAGGUACAUCUUAUAGUUCUAAAUCGAAACCUAAAUCCAAAGAUUCAAAAACACCUGAUGUGAAGGAUGAACCUCAUAAUCUAAGAGAUUGUGCAGAAACUCAGCUUAAAAUUAUUUCCAAUAAAUUUAAAAAUAAAAUGACACAGAAUAUAAGUAAAAUCCUAAGGGAUGAAGUCGUAAGUCCUACUAUUGAAAAUGUGACGGAAAAAUUGUCCCUAGACAUGGAUAGCGUAAAGAAAAACAUGCUUGCUGGGGUGCAAGCGAUAGGAGAAGUGCAAGCUACAGUUGGUGGAUUUAUAUCGGAACAUUCAGUAUUAGGACACUUUACUGCUCAAACUCCACAGAAAAAGAAGUAUUUAUAAGCCUGGGUUUCGAGUUUAUUGGCGUUAUGCCCUAGAUACACUUACGACUUAAGCCGAGUUGCUGAUUAAUCCAUUGAGAUUGAUUCAGCAGAGAGAUUGAUUCCAUCAAUCUCUCUGCUUAAGUCGUAAGUCCAUUCAUCCGGUCGUUACAAUGCUUAAAGGCCAAACGGUUAGAGAUAGAGACUUGCAAUUUUCGGAUAUUCUUCCAUAAGUUGACCUAAGGCCCUCAUUUUCCUCCUACCUCUCGCCUAUUUUAGUGGUUACCCAGGCGGAGAGUUUGUAAAAUGUGAAAAUACUGUAGAAUCGUUCCUACACUGAGUGAGAGAAAUCCGAAAAAGUUGAUCCGAAAUCGGUGUAAAUAUUACCCUUUUCAGGUGUAUUUAGGGUUAACGUUACCCUUUUUCAUGUUAAUUUUACACUUAAAAAGGUGUAAAAUUAACAUUAAAAAAUAUUGAUAUAUUUCUACAUCUAAAAAGUGUUAAAGUUAUGAGGAAAAAAAGUUAAUCGCACCCUCUUUUUUUUCGCAGUGUAAUAACAAUUUUUCAUGGUCAUAGGUCAAAAAGGCUCUGGAAACGUAUUUCCUAAUCGAAUGGGUACAUUUAUUAGACUCAUUGGGAAGGUUUUGGAAUGUACGACAAUCCUGAACGGUUUCAAUCGGCGAUAAAUCAAGGCAAUGAUGUAGCGAUUAUAAACCGAUAACCAAUUUUUGUCCAAAAUUCAAUUGUGUUACACCCGGGCUAUUUUGAAUGAACUUUUAAGUGAUUCAAUCGGUUUAAUCGGUUCAAUAGUUUAUUAGAGAAACUGAAGCAUACCUCAGAGUAUAAAACGCUUUGCUACCCCUUUAAGCAAAAAAACUGCUAUAUUCUAUCGAUCAUUUUAAUUUGUUUGUGAAUAGAGUAUCGGUUCUGUUGGAACUUCAAAGAUAACAUAAUAAAGGUAAUACAGCAAAUGCAUUAAAUAUGUAGAAGUUAUUAUUUCAAUAAAACACAACUUUCUCUAGUGAAACAAUAAAAGAGGAAAAUGAUUUGUAUUUUUUAUCUCUUUAUCUUUAAAAAUUAUUCUUCUAAAAUGGGAACCAAUGUAAUAAGAUUUUUUAUGAUCACUUUCCCAAAUCCAUUUUUGUAAUUUAUAAAUUCUAAUAACUUUUAUAAUUAUUAGCAUUAUUUUUAAUGUUAUUACAAAAUAGAAUAGUCGAGUAAAGACUUUAAACAUUAGUAGAAAAAUGAAGGAAAAAAUUGUCUGUUUUAGUAAUACCGUAGAUAUGGAUGUCUUUGUAUUUACUCCUGCUUUUUGUAAGCUUUUCUUUAAUUCUAGCGCUUAAAAAUGGUCCAAACAAUCAUAAGGGCACUUGAAGAUAGGCUAAAGAUCAUCCUGAAGUGCUAGAGUUAAAGAAAAGCUUACGAAAAGCUUAUAUAUACGAAAAGUUUAUAUGUAUAUUACGAUUAAUAAAUCGAAAUGAUAAUAAAAUUACAAAAUGAAAAACAAA